AUGCAUAAUGUUGCAUAUUGAUCCAUCCAGUUAAGUGCAUUUAAGUGCCUUUCCGCCUCUUGUAGUUUUUUUUGCUCAAGUUGCCCUUGCGAAGAUGUCAGACCCUCACAGCAAAAUCGAGGACGUUCUGAAGCUGAGUCUUGACGCAGCCGCAGGAGAACAUAUAGAUGUCUCAUGCGCAGCUGAACGAGAGCAGGUGUUCCAGAUCCUCCCGGGCCUUUUCUUGGGCUCCGAGUUUGGUGCUUCCAAUUCCUUUGUGAUAAACAGCUGCAACAUUCGUGUGAUCAUCAAUCUUACAAGCGGCCAUGCGAAGAUCCCGAACCAUUUCGACAAGUGCAGGUACGUCAACUACGAAUUGGUGGACCAACCUGGGGAAGAUAUUCUGAGCCAUGCAAUUCGAGAAGGUGUGAAGGAGAUCCAUUCUGCUUUACAGGCCAAAGAACCUGUCAUGGUCCAUUGCUCCGCAGCACUCAGUCGAUCUGCCACUGUGGUUGUGGCGUACGUCAUGUGCUACGAGGGGAAGAACUUGUCUCAGGCCGUGGAGCACGUCACGCGACGCCGGGGCAGGCGCCUGCGCAUCAAUCCGUCCUUUUGGAUGGCCUUGGCUCAAUGGGAACGAGAGCUCCAGGACGAUGACUCGGCUAUGCCAAGUUUCGAUUUUACCGAUUGGUGGAUCGAGGUCUUUGGCAAUAUGGGCAUCCCUGAGGACAAGAUACGUCAGGCGCUGAUCAUUGGCAACUGGACCAACUUUGAGAAGGCGUUUCAAUCGAUGCUGGAAACUUGAGGACAACAUUCUACAAUGAUACAGGCUUUGAUUUGGUCACAGGUGGUGGGCUUGUGCUUCGGAGAAGCGAGGGAGCCCAAUAUAGGCUGGGCCUUUGGCAAGUGGGCAUCCACAAAAUUCAAUGAUGGGAAGCAGACCACGGUCAUCUUUAUUUGAAAGAACGUCGCUGCCACAUUGGACGAGGGGCAAGUUGCACUGUGGAAGCAGCAGUCUUAGCUACAAUGACCAUCAACCACCACUUCGAGUUCUUUAUCGAAGGAUUCAAAGCAGACAGGUGAGCCCAAAUGCCUCGUAAUCCAGAGCGACAAAGAUGGCAUUGACCAUCCAAGGAAAGGAAACUGUCCUGCAUGAUCUGCAUGGCAAUGGCAUCAUUUGUAUAGAAUUUGUAUAGACCUGCAAGAUGUUCACCAGGUGAUCCAACAAAGAUGGCGGCAAAUUUUGACGUUUUCUGAUUUGGGACGCAGCUCUGGCUUCAAAUGCAGCAGCAGGACUAAUGAAAAAAAAACGGCGCUGCGUAGGGCACUGCCAUGAGGUUGACUUGAUGCGGUGUGUCGAACUUGGUCCAAGCCAAGCUUGGGCUACAGCUGGAAGUGAAGUCAUGAGGAGCUCAUGAGUGGUUGCGAGGGCAUAGCAUAGCAUAGAUGAGUAUUGGUUCAAUACUGUUUCCUCUCACUGACUUGUGCUGGGCAGCUGUGUGCUGCAUGUUUGACACAGAUGUGCCCCUCAGACACCGAGAUCGAAAGCAGAGAAAAAUGUUUGGCACCCACGUUUUGCCAUGCCACGUUUCUGAAAGAGCUGCUUAG